AUGGCAUCCCCGUGGCCGUCGGCGCUGCCCGAGGUGGGCGCAGACACGGACACGGCGCAGGAGGCCGGGUACUACCUGCAGCAGCUGUUCCGGCUCUACGGCACCAACGGCACCCUGCCCUCCAGCGGGUUGGCGCGGCUGCUGGGCAGCCUGGGGCUGGGCCGCGUGCAGGUGGUGCAGAUCCAGCACGAGGAGCUGGGCCACGGCCACGUCAGCCACCUCGACCUGCUGGAGGUGCAGGAGGAGAAGCAUCGGCACCGCCACCCCGCCUGGGAGCACGCCCCGAGCCCCCCGCACGGAGCCGCCGCCUGCCGCCGAGCCCCCCCCAGCCCCGGGGGUGUCCCUGGGGGCGGCGGGGGCCCCGGCCCACCCCGGUGGGAGCAGCCCGGCCUCAGCCUGCUGGGGAGGGUGCUGGGCUUGGACCACUCCGGCUACGACCACCCGCACGAUGACUGCCUCAACGUGACCCAGCUGCUGGUGAAUUUUGGGCUGGCCUCGGUGUCGCAGCUGACGCCCGAGCAGUUCACGCUGCUCUGCCCGGCCCUGCUCUACCAGAUCGACAGCCGCGUCUGCAUCCAGCACCGCGACGAGGUGACGCUGCCUCCCCCGGGGGGGGGCCUGUGGCCAGCGCUGGGCUGGGGGCUGCUGGCCGUCACCUUCGUCAGCCUGCCGUCCGCCCUGGCCGUCGGCUUCGUCCCGCUGCUGAGCCGCGGCUUCUUCCGCUCGCUGCUGGCCUUCCUGGUGGCGCUGGCCGUGGGCACACUCUGCGGGGACGCCCUGCUCCACCUCUGGCCCCACGCCCAGGGGCGGCACCAGGAGACGCCAGGGGAGCCGUGGGCCGCGGCGGUGCUGCAGGGGCUGGCGGUGCUGGGGGGCAUCUACCUGCUCUUCGUGGUGGAGCUCCUCCUGGGGAUGCUGCGGCGCGGCCGCGAGGCCACGCGACGCCCCCCCGGAGAGACCCCCGACGCGGCCACUGGGGUCCUGGCCCCGUCUCGCGGCGCUGCGAUGCCUCACGGCCCCGACCCCGAGCUGGAGCCCAAACCCCACGGCCCCCCCCACGGACACUCCCACGGACACUCCCACGGCCCCGCGCUGCCCCCCAGCCCCAGGGCCACUGACCUGGUGUGGAUGGUGGUGCUGGGGGACGGCAUCCACAACCUGACGGAUGGGCUGGCCAUCGGUGCUUCCUUCUCCCACAGCCUCUCCAGCGGCCUCAGCACGGCGCUGGCCGUGCUCUGCCACGAGCUGCCCCACGAGCUGGGUGACCUGGCGGUGCUGCUGCGGGCGGGGAUGGCACCGCGCACCCUCCUGCUCCUCAACCUGCUCUCGGCUCUGCUCUCCUGCCUGGGGGCGGCGGCGGGGGCGGCCGUGGGGCAGAGCGCGGCGCACCUCACCCCAUGGAUCCUCACCGGCACCGCCGGCACCUUCCUCUACGUGGCCCUGGCCGACAUGCUCCCCGAGGUGCUGCGGGGUCCUGGCGAGGGCACCUGGGGCCACUUCGUCCUGCAGAACGCGGGGUUCCUGCUGGGCAGCGGCAUCAUGCUGGGCAUCGCCCUGGCCGAGGGCCACGUCAGUGCCUGGUUACAGCCCUGACCGGGGGGGGGGGUUUGGCCCCGCUCGCCCCCACCCCGCCAACUGGAGAAGCGCGGCCAAGCUGGUGGGACCCUGAAACGCACCCCCGGGACUGGACUUUCUCCCCUCCACAUGAGACCGACGGUGGCGUCCCCCAGCCUGGAAGUUUGCAAAGCCGAAACGCCUGGAAGCUGACCUGGGGGGGUCUCCAGGCACGGUGCUGCCGGCCCCCAGCCCCUCGGACCCACCGGGAGGAGAUGGGGGGGCUCAGCCCUGCCCCACAGCCCCUCCUGGGGACUGGGGUGCCCAGUGCGGGGCAGCCCCGAAGUGCUUGGCCCCCGGCUGUGGGGCCGAGGCCGAGCGCGUUCCCCCACCCCGAGCUCCCUGGCCCAGCCCGUACCGGAGGAAGGAAGACAGGAGCGGGGGAAUAGAAGCAAUAGCAUUUUAAUAAACAUAAUUGAUUCAAAGCCACAA